AUGACCAACACUCCAGCACCGGCUUCUGCAGAGUCAGGGACCUUCACCCGCCUGGGCCCACUGCCUAAUUCCUACACUGCAGACCCUGGUCUCCAGCGAAUGCUACAAUGGUACCUCCCCGCCGACACCUUGAAGCGGGCUGAGCCCCAUCUGGCCAAAAUGGGCGAAGAGGCUGUUUCCUCGCAGAUCCACGCCUGGAACGCCGACGCAGAGGUCAACCAGCCGUAUGUCAAGAAAUACAACGUCUGGGGCGAGAGGUAUGGCUAUGACAGAUUGAUCACAACCGAUGGAUGGAAGAAGCUGGGGAGAUGGGGUGCUUCGAAUGGGGUUGUUGCUUUGGGGUAUGAUCGCUCUUAUGGUAAUGACCGGCGCACUGUUCAAUAUGCUGCUGUAUAUCUGUUUGCCCCGUCAUCGGCCAUGUAUAGGUGUCCGCUGAGCAUGACUGACGGAGCGGCAUUCAUACUGUCGAAGCGUCUGAAAGACUUGCCCAGCGACCAUAUCCUGCACACUGUAUUCCGAAGACUAACAUCAACCGGAGAGGACAACUGGACAUCCGGGCAAUGGAUGACAGAAAGAGCUGGCGGAAGUGAUGUCCAAAAUACCGAGACAUGGGCCAGUUAUUCUCCUCUGCCGCAGGGAUCGACGUCGACUGAUCCCCUUGCCGAAGGCGACUACCUGAUCAACGGAUUCAAGUUCUUUUCCUCUGCUACGGAUGCCAACGUCGCCUUUCUGCUCGCAAAAACCGAGUCUGGCAAACUGAGCUGCUUCAUCGCCCCGUUGCGGAGGACAGUUGUUGGGCCUGAUGGGAAGACAGAGGAACUAUCCAACGGUGUACGCAUCCACCGACUCAAAAACAAGCUCGGCACCAAAGAACUACCAACAGCUGAGCUAGAGCUAAGAGGAAUGCGCGCCCAUCUAGUCGGCGACCUCGACGAGGGUAUUCGCACCAUCGCGCCCCUACUAAACGUCACCCGCAUCCAGACCCUACUGGGAACACUAUCAACAUGGCGCCGCGCCAUCGACAUCACCAAGAAUUUCGCCAGGUGCCGCACCACCGUCGGCGAACCAUUGUGGCUGAUCCCCAUGCAUCUCCGCGUCAUCGCUGAUCUGGAACUUAAACACCGCGGCGCCAUUAACCUCGCCUUCCUCGCUAUUUCGGUCAUGGGGCUUGUUGAAAAUGCACCACAUGCUACUGCGAACCAGGCGCAUCUACCGCAAGACCCUGGCGAGGCGGCAGUCGUGUUCCGUGUACUCACCGCAAUCUGCAAGGGCACCGUCAGCAAGAUGUCUAUGACAGGCGUGCAGGAGUGCCAGGAAGCGAUGGGCGGCGUCGGAUACAUCGACGAGCCGGACGAGCCUGAAUUCAACGUUUCGCGACUUCUUCGCAGUGUGGCCGUGUAUCCUAUCUGGGAGGGCACGACAAAUGUCCUGGCAAGUGAGCUGGUGCGGUUCCUGAUGAAACGCGAUACUCUGGCCGUGCUGUCGGGAUGGUUUAGCAGGGUUCUUUCGUUGAUCCGGACGCCUGAGCUGGGUGAUGCACUUAAACAGGCCUUUGCGUCGUUUCUAUCGCGUGUCAAGUCUACCCCGAAUGCGAACUUGCUUUCUGAUGCCCGGAGGGUCAUGUUUACCUUCACGUGGAUACUGGCUGGGGCUCUGCUGGCGGUGGAUGGCGAGCGGGAUGGGAACGCCCCCGAGAUGGAGAUGGCGCGUAGGUGGACUUUGUACGGUGAGGCAGGCGUUGGUGAUUUUGCCUUCCGCGAUAUCGUGAAGCCCUAUGCAGCUUUUGAGUCGUCUUCGGCGGAUGAGCAUGCGCGGUGGGAUUGUAGGAUUGCCUGGGGGGUUGAGUUACCGGCGAGACAGGUUUUUGGACAUAGAUCGUUGAACGAGUCCAAGCUCUAG